AUGAAGAAAGAGAUACAAGAGUUUAAACUCGUGAUAGCUUUAACACUGGUUAGCGCACUGGUUAGCUUGCCUACACUGAAUUUAUUAUUUGGUGGUUUGCUUGGAAAAUUGUCACUAUCUGAAAAAAGAUAUCAAUUAGCAGCUCACAAACGAAAUAUAUCAGAUCAAAAAUUCAAUUACUACAAUCAAACUGCCCAAUAUUUUGAGCGAGAAUCUCAAAAGACCAAACAGUUCAAUACCUGGAACGUUGAUGUAAAGUCAAUUCGUUGGGACAAUAAAAAAAAAGCAGAAACACUCAACUCAAGACGUAAUAAACUCCAAGUGCUCUUAAGAAACGAAGAACAAGCAUAUAAACGAGAGUGUGAUCAAUUAAAAGCACGUAACGUUACAAAAGACAAGAUACCAUUGGAGGUGCUAGAAGAAAAAUUAAAAGAAAAACGCGCUGAAUUGAGCUUGUAUAAUCCUAAUAUUCAUCGCCGAUUAAAAUCGUAUUUUACUAAUCCUGCUGAAACAGAACGUGUCGAUUCGAAAUUACAAAAUACCGCAGAGCCAAUCACUCGUAAUCUAUCCCGAUUGUCUUUUGAUAAUUCAAAUUAUUUAAAAAAAAGAAGAUCAGACUCGCCAUUUAAAAACAAUUGUAAUACUCCUUAUAAUUAUAAAUCAUCACUAAUGGAUUACUCUAAUGAACAAAAUGAAAAAGCGUUUGACGAAAGAGCAGAUGCUUUCGCUGAAAAUCGGGAUUAUGCAACGUCCGAUCGAAUGGAUUACUCGAAAAAAGAUCCCGCUUUUGUGCCUGAUAGAAAAUUUAAAGAACGUUACGCUCACAGAAGUCUUGAAAAUACAAAUGUUUUUGAUACUGCUGGGCAUACACAUGACAUUUAUGAACAACAAGCCAUGACCGACAAGACAUCAGUUGUGGAGGCUUCCGAUGACGGUAUGCAUGAUAAAAGUAAUUUGGAAAAUCAAGAAGGAAACGACUCAGUUGAUUUCAUUUCGAGUGAAAACGUUGACAAUCAAGAAAGUAAUCCCAGUGGAGAAAUGGAUGAUUCAAAGGAAACUGCGUCUGACUACCCGGAACAACAGGAAGGUCCCCUGACGACGAUCACUAAUUCUUCAGAUAUGAUGGUAUUGUAUCUUAUGUACAAUGAUUUGCAGAAGAAAAUUGAAGACCUUGAGGUAAAAGAAAGUCGUGCAUGUUUGAAACAUCUUUGGGAAGAGACUCUGCGCUUGAGAGACAUGCGAAACCGUUUGGAGCUUUUGAGGGAGAAAAAAAUUUAUCAACGACGUGAUUUGCAUAUUGAUCCGUCAAGCAAGGAAGCAGCAUUAAACAAUAUUGAGAAACGUAGUAUUCAGCUUAAAAAACGCGAAGAUACAUGUGCUGAUUCAAAGAUGUACAGAAAAGCUUUAAUGAACCAGUUAGCCGAUGAAUGGGAGUCAUUGGGUGAAAACGACAAGAAGAUUAUUUCUCAAAGUUACGCUGAAGUAAUGAAAAAUGCUUCAUUGGAAAUAGAAUUUGAUAUUAUGGCCAGAAAAGGAUUUCAUUAA